AUGACUCAAGAGGAAGAGGAAUGUGUUACUUUCCAGGUGAAGUUAACACACGGGGGGCGAGAAGCCGCCGGAGCCGCCGCCGCCAUUGCCGCCGCCGCCGCCCCCCCCUCCAGCGGCGGCCGGGGGGGGAGACGCGAGGCGCCAUUGGCGUCGGCACCUUCCGAGGAGGGCGGGCGCCAGCAGCAGAAGCCCCCGCAGGAGGACUCGGGCGCCGGCUCCUCCUUCUCGGGCACCCUCACCAUUAACAACCAGAGCCUGCUGGUGCGCUUCGAAAACGGCCUCCUCAGCCUCGGGGGCCCCGCGCCGCCUCAGUCCCCCAGCUCUGCCGCCGAGCCCUCCUCCCUUCCCGCCUCAGGGGGCGGCGGCGGCCAGUCUCGCACCGCCGCCGUCUACUCCUGCCCGGAGCCCCGCUGCGCCGAGACCUUCUCCCGCAAACACUCAGGGGGCGGCGGCGGCCAGUCUCGCACCGCCGCCGUCUACUCCUGCCCGGAGCCCCGCUGCGCCGAGACCUUCUCCCGCAAACAGUUGCUGCGGCUGCACCGGCUGUCGGCGCACGGCUCCAGCGCCCCGGCGGCGGCGGCGGCUCAGAAUGGCGACGUGGAGGCCUCUGCAGGCUCCGGCCGCUCGGCGCGUCCCUUUUGCUGCCCGGUUCCUGGCUGCGCGUGGGCCUUCGCCACCGCCUACAAGUUGCGGCGCCACUUGCACUCGCACGACAAGCUGCGGCCUUUCGCCUGCCCCGCUCCCGGCUGCGCCAAGCGCUUCACCACCAUCUACAACUUGCGGGCCCACGGCCGAGCCCACGAGCAGGAGGCGGCGCACAAGUGCGAGGCCUGCGGGCAGCGCUUCCCCAGCGCGGCCCGCCUCGGGGCGCAUCAGCGGCGGAGCCAUCUGGAGCCCGACCGGCCUUACCGGUGCGAAUAUCCAGGUUGUGAGAGGACUUUCAUAACAGUGAGUGCAUUAUUUUCCCAUAAUCGCGUCCAUUUUAGAGAACAAGAACUGUUCUCCUGCUCUUUCCCAGGAUGUAGCAAGCAGUAUGACAAAGCCUGCCGACUGAAAAUCCACAUGAGAAGUCACACAGGUGAAAGGCCUUUCAUUUGUGAUUUUGAAGGUUGUGGCUGGUCUUUCACCAGCAUGUCCAAGCUAUUAAGACACAAAAGGAAACAUGAAGAUGACAGGCGAUUUACAUGUUCUGUAGAAGGCUGUGGAAAAUCCUUCACAAGAGCAGAACACUUGAAAGGCCAUAGUAUCACCCACCUUGGCACAAAACCGUUUGAGUGUCCGGUAGAAGGUUGUUGUGCAAAAUUCUCCGCACGCAGUAGUCUGUACAUUCACUCCAAAAAGCACCUUCAGGAUGUGGACUCAUUGAAGACCCGCUGCCCUGUAUCUAGCUGUAAUAAACUGUUCACUUCCAAGCAUAGCAUGAAAACGCAUAUGGUCAAACAACACAACUUCAGUGCAGAUCUCUUAAAUCAAAUGGAAACUAUCAGUUCCCUGACGCCUAGCAGUGAACUCACCAAUUCAGGGCAGAGUGACCUCAGCAAUAUAGACCUUGUGUCCCUCUUUUCCGGUGUCUCUGGGAGCAGUUCUGGAAUUUCGACUGAUAUGGCUCUGAUAAACUCUGGAAUUCUUACUAUAGAUGUUGCUUCUGUGGGCUCCACCCUUGGGGGCAAUCUUUCUGUUGGUAGCAAUUCUCUUGGUCAGACAGUUGAUCCACUGAUUUUAGUGGCUAGUAGUGACAUUCCACACAGCCUGGACAGCUCUCUUCUCUUGGGAACCAAUGCCACAGUUUUACAGCAAAGCACUUUAAAUCUGGAUGAUGUACAAACUGUAAAUGCAGAGGACUUAGGCUCACUAGCUUCGUUGUCCACAAAGAAUUCCAAUCAAGAUCUGCAUGGUUUGACCUCCAGCAAUAACCUUUCUGUAGACACAGCCACUUUAACCCCUUCCAGCAACCUUGGUGGAAACAAUGCUCCUGAAUUACUGGCUCCAAGUAAAGCGGAACAGACUUUGCUUCCUAGCCUGGAUGUUGUGGGACAGCAAGAAGGCAGCAAAGUGGUGACUCAGUUUGUGUUCUCCAACCCUCCAGGAAGUUACAGUGCGCAGAAAGAAACUGAUCUGAGCAUGGUGACUGGCAGCUCUUUUCUGGAGAGUGGUGGGUCUGCAAGAACUGAUUAUAGAGCCAUUCAGCUUGCCAAGAAGAGAAAACAGAAGGGAAACGGGAGCGAUAUAGGAGCCCCUACCUCUGGCAUAAGAAAAAGCAAAGGAGAUAAAAUCAGUUCUAGCCAUGGGACUCGGUUGUGUAACAGUGUUUUGCCAAAUGGUGGCCUACCAGUAAGAGAAUCAUCAGCUGCCUCACAGUAUGGUCAGAUUCAGCUACUUCAGGAUGAUUCCCCAGGAGAGGGAGAUCUUCCAUUCCAGCUCAGCUCUCAGUCCUCCUCGUCACAUUCGCAGCUGACAGUAGACUUGCCUGUUCAUAUCCUUCAGGAGCCCCACAAUUCCACUGAAGAGGAUGCUAGUUCGGAUAAUUCUCAGUUUACAGGAAGCACAAUUAAUCUGCAAGACCUGGAAUGAUAGUCUCUGGAACAGAAACAUUGAACUGUUUAAAAAGUGCAGUGGUGUCUUGAGAACAAAGGAGUAUGUUUCUGCUUUUAAAAGCAAAAGUGAAAAUAUGGGAGCACACACUCAUCAGUACUACCUUGUGGUUUGCUUGAUGGUCACAGUGCAAUGCAAAACCUGUUCAAUUUUAUUUGAUAAGGCUCUUGAGAAUUUUGAUAUGUUCUCUCCAGUGGUCACGAAAAAGGUGGUUAAAUGUGUGUGAGGUCUUAUUUGGGUUCUGCCAUAGAUGUUUUGAAAUAGGUCCUUGGAUUGGGGUGUACUAGAACAAAUAUCCUCAGUAAUACUUUGACUAACACAAUAUCAACAUACUAAUGAACAGUUAUGCUUGGCUGUUUUUCCUCUGUGUUGAUACAAGUAAGUGAUGAUUGAUGUCCCAAGCUGAAUAUAGAACUAAAAUGGAGGAAUAAGGGUGAAGACUGCUUUUUGUUAACAGUGUUGAAAAGUACAGUUGUAAGGAGACUAAUCCAGAGAAAAAUAGUGCAAUGCUUGACAAUAGUGCACAUUGAAACAGAGCUAAAUAGUUUCUUGUUGCCGCCAUCCCUGAUAAUCUGCUUUAUUCUUCAGCAGAUCUUGGAUAUGAUAGCUUUACUACCUACUCUGCAAAGAGUAGCCAGUUCAUGAUCACCUCAGAUCUUAGAAGACAAGUGAAAAUGCCUCACUUUGCUCUUUAGGAGGCUUUUUUGUAGGUGGUAAUUCCUACCCUUUCAAUUAUGUUUACAGUAAUACAAAAACAGUAUUGCCAAUUAAUAUGAAGCCACCACUUUCUAAUUACAUACUGCCCAAUUCCAUGCAAGUUUAUUCAGAAGUAAGUUUUGCUUGAGUUCAAUGGAAUUUCCUUGGGAGUCAGAGUCCUUAUGAUUGCACCUUGACCUGUUCACCAUUAACAAAUUUGCUGAGCCACACAGAACUUUCAGAUAGUGGAAUUCACCUAAUCAUAGGACUGUGUAAAAUCAUCAUUCAGCAACAUAGAUUAAAGACUGGAACACAACAUUCAUUUCAUGGUGUGCCCAAAUGACUAUAAAAUUUUAAAUAGGAUCUUGUUAGAGCAUGGAUUUUGGUGUCUGUGGAUUUUUAUUCCCACUGAGUGUGGCUGCAUAUAUGCCUCAGUUUUAUCCAAAGCAAUAGGUCCUACAGAUGAUCACUUUAUAACCCUGAGUUUUCAUAUAUUUAUUUGCAACUGUGGAAUGCAGUAAGAACUAGGGAUGGUGACUGUCUGGGAACAAACGUUCACAGAUUGAUCCUCUGCCCCACUGUUUUCUGCAUUAAAUCAAAUGCUUGCCAGGUUCGGGCACAGUUCAGAAUGUGAGUGCCCUAUUUGCUGCCUCUUCACUUCUCCCACCCAAACUUACCUAAGGACAAGAGGCAAUGAAAAGAGGUUAAUGACAGGGCUUCCAUGUAGGCCUUUAGAGGACAAUGGUGGCAGUAUCUUAGAUUCUGGGAACUCUUAUUAGAGAUGCCAGGAAGUCUGUCAUUCUUAGAACCAGGAGGAGAUAAGAUUUGGUCUAGUCUUGGUCUCAAAUACUUCAUUGGGAAGAUGAGGCCAGGAUGGGCUUGGAAAUAGAAAUGUAAAAGUAUUAAUAUUUAUUAUUUUGGGGGAUGAAUCUUUGCACCUGUUACACAUUUGGGAGUCACUUGUUUAAAAUGUGGUAAUUAAUUCCUGUGCCUUUUGCCCAUUUAAAGGACAAUGCAGUUCUUUGGGACGGAAAUAAUUUUACAGAUUAGCUCACUUCAGAUUCUAAUUUUCUGUAUUAUCACUAAAAAUGUAAUCUUCAUGAAUUGGCUUGAUCUUGCAUUGCUGGUGUUGUAUGCUGUCUGACUAGUGGCUGGAACUGAUCCUAUACUUCAGUUUGCAACUUGUGCAUAAAUUAUUUUUCAUGUUUCUGAGAUGAAGUCUUUAAAGCCAGAAAGAUGAAGAUACUCUCUCAAGCCUUUUUAAAAAAAUUACUCAUGUUUAAGAGAAACUAAAACCAUGAGAGUCUUUAAAAAACAACAACCUAUAGCAUUGAAAUAAUAGUUUGGGACAUGUUAUCCCCUGUCACCUCAGGCUCUUAACUUGGUGGAAUGGUUCACAUGCUUACCUGGCCAAUAAGCAGUCUUUGUGGUGGUGCCCUGUUGGCAAGCAUCAGAGGUAGCGUCAGUGUGAAGCUGGCAUACCAUGUCGCUGUGUGCCUAGGCCUAACCCACACAAUAGUCUGUCUUCCCACCAUUUUUUUGAGGGGGAAGAAUGAUUCUCUUUAGACAUACUCAUGGAGUACAGAUCCAACAUAUUACCUUUGAUGCUUGGUGUUGGGGGUAGAGCCUUACUCUACCAUGUGACGAGGAUCAUUGGCUGGGUAAAAGUGUGAACUGGACCCAUCUAAAGUGGUGCUCCUUUUUCUUUUUUUAAAGUCAUUGUUUUUAUGGGGUUUGUAAUGGUGUACUUCUAAUACGUUUAUUUACUUGGCUUUGUAAAUCCUUGUAAAUUUCUAAUGGCUUUGAGGGUAAGCUAGCAUCAAAUUUAUUCCAGCAAAGUCCAUUGCUGGCAGUGGACACCUAAAAAUGCUGAGAUAAAAGGAAUAAUAAAAACUAAU